AUGUAUCCUCAGGCGCUCCCGAAUCCCGACCCUGACCACGAUCCCGACAUCGAUCGCGACAGCUGGGCUACAUUCACCAAUGCCAAUCGGUACAAUCCCCGAGGCCAGACCCAAGGAAAGCAACAGCGUCCCUCCGGCCUGCUAUUCCUCCCCAACUCCAACAUUGCGUCCAGUCCUACCCUCGGUCCUGUUCCCGAUCCCGAUCCGUAUCCAUAUCCAUAUCCCCAUACCACCCGGGCGGUCGAAUCCAACCCCUCUUCCUACGAUACCACCACCACCUCUGACCGCCUAACCCAAGCCCAAGCCCAAACCCAAAUACAUGGCUCCCACGAUUCCUACUCUUCCUCAUUCUACUCCACCCCCUCCCUCUACGACGACAACAACAACACCCGCGUACGGUUCGACUACCGCGACCUUCCCUCGCCAUUAAGCCCUCCUCCUCUUCUUCCUCGUUCUUCUUCUUCUGGAGCUGGCGGGUUGAAGUACAGCCUGCCGCCGAGACCGAGGACAACGUUAAGGGUGGUUGAUGAGGAGACGUUGAAUCGGUUGGAGGGGAUAAGUGAGGAGGGCUUUCUGAGUGGGAGUGGGAAUGGGAUUGGAAGUGGAAGUGGGAAUUGGACUGGGAUUGGGAUUAGUGAUAGGGGCGGAAGUGGGAGCAGAAGUGGGAAUGGGAUCGGUGAUGGAGGUGAUAAUAGGGAGGAAGAAGAUGUUGAGUUGGACGAGAUUCCUAUUUCGCCUUUACCACCGGCACCGGCUUGGCUGGGUAGGCCAUCGGACAGAGUAAUAGGGGAGCCGGAGGGGUACGGGUACACCGAGGGCCCCACGAGGGUGCAGACAGAGGGCCAGCAGCAACAGGAACAGGAAUGGAGAUAUGGGGGGUGGGGACGAGAGCAGGAGCAGCAGCAUGGACAAGAAGUCAGAGAGACACGGAGUACUGUGUACCUCUAG